AUAUACCAGUCUGCGUGAAACUAGAGCGCGCAAUCGGCACUUUUGGAUCGAAAAGAGUGAGAAAAAUCAAGAAAACCUUUUUUCAACUUGAUCAGUAUGAACAUAUAGCUAAACAAGGUAACAAUAUAUUCUCUCAUCUAUAAAUCUGUCCAAUAAAUUAUUGCGAAUGAAAGAAAUUUAAAAAAAAAUUCCUUUUUCUAUGACUACCAGAAAUCCUAUCAAAAACGUUCCGUUUCGUCGGUUAAAUAACUAGUUUUUUGAAUCAAUAGAUGUAACUGAUUUUCAAGCAAUUCAAUUAUUUAUUAAUGUAUAGAAUUUUGUGUGAUAAAUGAUAUCUAUUUGUCUUAUAACGCAAUGAUUUGAUUCUGUCGAUUCUUGUACUUUGAACAGGCCAAUUUUUGACGGUUAAGCCACUCCUUGGCGCCAGAAUUAAAACGUUUGUGAACUUGUUUUUUAUAAGUAGGCGUUUUCCCGCACUAUUCUUAAGAAUUCAAGCUUCCUUGACUCUAAAUUUUAAUCCAUAAUUACCUAAGAUUAGCUAACACGUUGUCAGGUGGCUCAUUGUCUUUGUUAGCUUCAACAUGUUAAUGCCAUGGUUGAAUAGGGGCUAUAAACCCCCACACGCCAAUUCAAAAUUAAACGGUUUCCUCGAAAAUGGCGCCAAUUCUAGGCGUCUGGCGCUUCUAUUUUUAGCACAAACAGUUUGGUCUUUGUUAACAACCUUAAACGCCCGCCUUAUGGUUAAAAUUCAAACGUCCUUAGUUUUUUGUCAUUUCUCAUGCCCACUUCAAACUGAUCACUUGGUCCUGAAAAAACGUUGACGUAUAAUAUUACAGAGCUACCUCGGAAUAAAUGUAAGUAAACUUAAAACCCAGUGAUAACUUAUGCCUAUAGAUAAUCGGCUUUUGCAUAAUUAUAAAAAACAAAUACUCAUUUAGAUUUCCACUAUCUAUUUCUACUUAGCUUUACACUGUUAACUUGUGUAUACAAAGUUAAUUGCGCAUUGCCUCUUAUAAUACGGAACAAGGAAAUACAUUUGUUGCAAACAAGUGCACAAGCGUUCCCAAACUAUUACCUAACUGUUAGGUAAUAGUAAUAGCUAGGGUCGUGAGGUAUUGGACAGCUCGAUAGGGGGCGUUCGUGUCUAAUUUGCAUAUCGUACCCCUAUUUUCAGUUAGGUUUCUUUGUUAAACCCAUGAACACACCCACAGGCACUCGAAAAUGUCAACAUUACAAGAGACUAAUGAGACGAUGGUAUCGUUCAGUUCACUGCCAUUCUCUGAAUCCAUCACAUCGGGCUCAAUUGACAGGAGUGAUAUGUUGGAAAUGAAAGACAAAACGCCAAGCAGAAAAGAAAGAAUAAAAACUACUUCCGUUUCUCCUAAUUGUAAUUUAAAACUAUUAGCAGCAGUCAGUUGCGAGAAAGCGGAGAAAAAGAAGCAAGGGUCCAGUGUCUUCAGACCGCUUUUCACUGAUGAUAACUCAAUGGAUUCUACGACGGACUCGACUUCUUCCUCGUACGAAUGCUCUGUUGAGAGUGAACUAUUGUUUGAGGACGAAGUAGAGGCAGGAAUUAGUCAAACCUCAGGAAAGCAGUCAAAGUAUACGGUGCAUAAUAGGAAGAAUAAAUCGUUAGGCGUUCUCUGUCACAAAUUUCUCUCUCUUUUCCCUGAAAAUCCUGAUCCAUCAACCAUUCACGAAAUUCCACUUGACUAUGUCGCAAAAACUCUUGAUGUUGAAAGGCGCCGAAUAUAUGACAUAGUUAACGUGCUGGAAAGCAUAGAAAUAGUCAGUCGAUAUGGUAAAAACAAAUAUUUAUGGCAUGGUUGUUCAAGUUUGCCGGUUACACUCGCCAAAUUACUAGCUUUGGCAAAAAAGGAGGGGUUCAUUGAAUAUGUGGAUUACAUGCAUAAAAGAAGUAACUUGUCUUCUUCGAAGGCGAAAGUUUAUCCAGCAAUAAGCAGUAGUAUUAGGGAACAUUGGGAACGGGAAAAGAGUAUGGGAAUAUUGAGUCAAAAAUUUCUUAUGCUCUUUCUGAUUUAUCGGGGUAAAGUUGUCAGUAUGGAGCUAGCCUCAAAAGUCCUAAUGGGAGAUGUGCAAUGUGACAUGUCAUCUGAAUCUGCCAAAUAUAAAACUAAAAUACGACGGUUAUAUGACAUUGCAAACAUCCUUGCUAGUGUAAAACUGGUGGAGAAAGUCUACAUUACAAAUGAAAGAGGGCGAAAACCUGGUUAUAAAUACAUAGGACCUGAAAUUGCUGACACGAUUGAAGAAAAACAUUUUAUUGAAAGAUCGUUUGAUGCCAAUUUUAACAAACCUCCGAUUACUCGCCAUUCUUUCCUAAAUUCUGAAGGGUCGAAAAAUUGGCCGACUCUAGUGAAAACCAGAUCUGCUUCGAAUCUGGAAGAUAAUGCUGAAUCUGCUUCAAAACGAGUCAAAACUUUAUCGAAGCAUACAUCAUUUGAUCAGCUAGUCCAUGUUUCAAAUAUGGAACUGCAGAAAUUAAGAGAAUCUGAAGUGCCACGGGUUUCUAGAAAAAAUAUACAGGAAAUAGCACAUCCGUCUUCUUUUCGACAAUUCGUGUGGAGUAAGAAAUUAGUGCCUAUGACUAUUAAGGAUCAGAAUAUGCAGAAAAUUACUAUUUGUCUGAAUCCACAAGCAAAUGGCAUUGAUUCAACGAAUAACGACAUUUUAAGUGUACCAUUAAAGACACCGACGAACGGAAACGUAAAUAUCAGAAGUGUUCAGAGCAGAUAUCAAAGAACGCUCGCGUCACCAAUUCUAGUCGGACCGCCAAAUUGUGAUUAUAAAACUCCAAUGGCGAUUGCUUCACCUAAGCGAGAUUCUAACUAUAACUUCUUUCAGCCAACACCCGACGACGGAUUUGAUUCUAAUAGUGUUCAAUCCACAAAAAUUUCUAAAUUGAAUGUAAAUGUAGCUAGACAAUUGCAAUUGGCUGAUUCCGUUUAAAACGUCAUUCCAUUUUUGUUAUUCGUUGUUUAGUUUCAUGACUUAUUUAUUUUGUUAAGGUGCUCGUUCUGCCAUUAUCGAAUUCUGAAGCUGAAUAGAUUUAAGUUAUCUACGACAAAAGUCGUUAUUUUCAAAUAUUUAUUUUAUCCUAUGCUAUGUUAUACUAUACUAUAAAUAC